GGUGCAGUCGGCGCGCGCAUGCGUCUCGUAGUUGACGUGAAUUGUGUUUAUGAACGAUUCUCCCUGGCUUGACGUUUAUUUCGUAACAUUUGAAUCGUAUUGUGUAUUUGUGGUUUUCUUUAUAAUUUCUUUUGAAAUCCGGUUGGGCACUAAUCUAAAAUGGAGAGAAACGAACGCAAAGCGAACUCCCGUACCCAUUCUUUAACCGUGGACCGUGAAUCCAAGUUUUUGUUGCGAAAAAUUAUCUUCGAUUUCGCUAUUCUGUUUUGCGUUGGUUUCUUAAUCCUCGUGUUCUACCUUUGGGGUCAGCCGUACAAACGUGGUUUCUUCUGCGAUGAUGAGUCUCUCAAACAUCCCUUCAAAGACUCCACAGUCACCAAUGUUAUGCUGUACAUCGCGGGCAUUGGCCUCCCAGUAAUCACUAUGAUUCUAACGGAAUGGCUUCGACUUCGCGAUUACAAAGGGUCUAGACCUCGCAUGUUAUUUGGCAAAGAAAUACCCCCUUGGGUUUGGGAAGCUUACAAAACUAUCGGAGUCUUUCUCUUUGGUUGCGCCUGCCAACAGCUCACCACUGAUGUCGCCAAGUAUACCAUCGGAAGGUUAAGACCACAUUUCUUUGAUGUAUGUAAGCCAGACAUCAAUUGCGACGCUCCUGAAAACAAAUGGCGCUACAUUGAGACGUUCACCUGUCAAGGCCAAGAGGAAAAACUCUUAAAGGAAAUGCGUCUGUCCUUCCCUAGUGGACACUCUUCGUUCUCUGCUUAUAGCAUGAUUUAUUUUGCAAUGUACAUUCAAAGACGAUUCACCUGGCGAGGCUCCAAACUCUUCCGUCACGGACUUCAGUUCGUUCUAUUCAUAUUUGCCUGGUACACCGUGAUGACCAGAGUAUCUGACUACAAGCACCACUGGAGCGAUGUUCUUGCUGGGUUCAUCAUUGGAAUGCUAUACGCUAUUGUCAUUUUCACAUUUGUUUCGGACCUUCGGAAAUCUUGUCGCUUUAGAUUAUCUAAUCAGGAUGCAGAGCUGCAUAUCACCAAUGGCAACACGCGGCCUAACUCAGGGUGGCAGGUUUGACAACACACUCCACCUGGCACCCCUUCUCUAAGCGAGGAAGAAGAGAUGCCAUGACUAGAGCCCACACAGAACCAAAUAUCGUGGAUAUCCCAUGAAUAUAUUGGUAACUAACGAACUUUGGGAUGCAAAUCCCCUGUGCAGUGUAAUUGGUGACUUUUAAAGUGAAAUUUUAUAAAAGUGACAAAACCGUGAAAUUUGAGGUAAUAGCACUGAGUGAAACAUGGUUAUAAUUCUGUUCUGUGUUACAAAACUAUUUAUGAAAUUGUGAAAAUAGUGUUAUCUGCUUAUUUGAAACUAUAAAGUGAGCAGGAUAGUACUACAUUUAAAGUUGUCUUAAAGUUUAUGCAACAUAUCAACAGAUUCAGUUCGUGGCAAAUAUCCUAAGCUGAUUUUUUUAACGAUCAAUAUACCCAAAAUAUUUGCCGUGGCCUGUAAUAUAUUAAAUGAACUAUAAAAGAAGAAUAGUGCAAUUGUUGAACACUUAAUGAAUGAAGUUACUGAUAGGAAUUUCUCGGGUAUUAGAAGUAUUACUAACUCGCUCGUUAUGUUCCUAGUUCAGAACUAUUUUAAUUUUAACUGUUUUUGUAAAAGGAUUUGUGUCUUUCCCGAAAGUAAUGUUGGUCAUUUACAAAAUGCAAUGACGAACGGGUACAUCAAGGAGUACUUCUUCAGCCCAAACUGUUUAAUAGGUAUAGUAUUGGAAAUUUAGUAAAUAAAGAGGAAAAUACAUUGAUAUAUACAGUCUGUGACAAUGUUACAGUAUGUAAAGUUCACAUGUGGUAAGAUAAAAAUGAAAAGCAAAACUAAUAUAGACGAAAAAAACAACUCUUGGCAAUGUGUGUUUACGGUAUCUCGAGGGAAAAAUUGUCGUUUACAUAGCGGUCACCAGAAUUUAAUGAUUAGAUUUAUUUAUUUAAAAAGAUGCGAGGUUUAAUAUACAUUAAAUGCUUAAAUACAUAGGACUGCAUUAAACGGGCGAAACUGGGUCCCCGCCCUGAGAUUCAGCUGAUGUAUGACUUUGAUCAUACGUUGGAUAAAGUACCGCUCAGCCAUUGGGUUUCCCAGUUUCGACUCAUACAUUGUUUGGAUUUUAAUUCACAAUAGUUCACGAUACUCGAUUGUAAGCUAUUGUUAAGUCUUUUGAAAGAAAACCACCAAUGAUAUAUUCAUCACUCUACAAAGUCAGCCAUGGGUGUAAGCAUUUACAGGAACUACCGAUGUUUGCUAUUAAUAAUGGGUACCGUAGAAUUUGCGUAUGUGUGUGAACGUGUCAGUGGUUGUUUUACUUUCAUAUAUUAAAAUACGUCUGUUGAUCAGAAAACAAUUAAAUAUAUCAUUAGUUUAGUUUCACUGUUACUAUAGUACAAUUUUAUUCUCGCUUGCAAGUAGUAGCUUUAAAGUCACUUUUGAAUCUGUCUUUAUGUGUGGUUUAUUUAUUUCGUUGUUUACAUAAUUAGUUAUAAGUUGUCUAUAUAUUUCUAUUUUAUUUGAAGUCAAUAUUUGUUUGUUAAAGAAUUGAUUCGAAAAUGUUCUGAGAUAAGUGUAUUCCGCUAAGAUUAUUCUGUUCUUAUCGUUGUGCUUUUCUACUUAAUUUUCACUGACUUUGUUUUCCUUUAAUUUUAUUAUAGUGAAAUUUUAUUACUUCCAAAGUGCACAGAUUAAGGUACAAUUACCAUAGCUUUUGCUGUAGGAAUUUAAGUGUAAAACCGCUGUGUAGUAAACAUUAGCAAACUUUUUUUACUGCAUAUUUCAAGACACGCAGCCUCAAUGCAUUUAAAUUUAUUUAUAUACAAACCUACACCAGCUCAUUUAUUUAUUUUAGCUUUAAAUUUAAACUCUUUACACUCUCUAAGAUUGUAAGGAAUUGUAUUUUAAUUCUGUGAUAUAGAAUCGUAGAGAAUAUUACAGAUAUAGUAAUUUUUGCAUAUACGUAAGGUAGAUUUUUAUUUUUAAGUUGUAGUUAUAAUUAGUUCUAAUGUAAAUGUUUUAGGUGCUAGUUUAUAAAUGUAAAAUUAUUUACAUUACUUCAGAUUUUAUCAAUCGACACUAUAGAAACAUUUUGAAAUUGAAAUUUUGUUGGUCGGCCUGAAUAUUACACGGCUAAAAGUUG